GUCAAUAUAAAGUGACGGCCAUAUUUGCCGGUGCCGCUGUUGUAAACAAAAAGUGAGAGACAGACGCUUCACUGAAUUUCGGGUCAUUUUUAUUUCUUUAAUUUACAAUGUCUCUGGGAAUGUCUUAUAAACCCAAUGUCCAUCAGCACAUUCCGGGAACUUCUGGGAACCAGGUUGGAAACCUCCAGUCUCCCUCGGCGGCAGCUAACCUGGCCACGUUGCAGUCCUACAGGCCGCUUCUGAGCGACUAUGGACCGCCGUCUCUGGGAUUCUCACAGGUGAACAUCAUGAACCUGACGGAGACUCAACACACAGGCUCCUCCGGCAGCCAAGUGCCUCAGAACAAAUAUGCAGAGCUGCUGGCCAUCAUCGAAGAGCUCGGAAAGGAGAUCAGGCCCACGUACGCCGGAAGCAAGAGCGCGAUGGAGAGACUGAAAAGAGGUAUAAUCCACGCCAGAGGGUUGGUACGCGAAUGCUUGGCCGAGACGGAGAGGAACGCGAGGUCCUAGCUACGAACACGCACACACAUUCCUCCCUGCAAGAAGAACUAACAGCGUGUGUCCCAUGAGAAAAAAAAACAACAACAAAAAAAAACAAACUUGCAUGGCAUUUCCUUCGAGAAGAGGAAGUAAAUGAACAAAGGAUGGGAAAGAAAAGCGAGCUCCUAGAGAGAGAGAGAGAGAGAGAGAGAGAGAGAGAGAAACACAAUAAGACGAUUCAUGAGUGGCUUCAGGAGGAUCAUUUCAAUCAUGUGUGGGUUAUUGGAGAGGAACAUCAUGUGUUUUUACGCCCCACUUUUGGGAUCUUAGUUUUGACUUAACAUAUUUAAAAAAAAAACGUUGAUUUUCUGCAUGCGAGCGGGCCCGUGGGUUAAACUGUAGACAGUGCAUGGCUUGUACAUGGAGGGGCGGGUGGGGGUGGGUGGUGUAGUCGGAGGUUUUUUUUGAUAGUAUUUGGUCUGAUUUUCAGACUCCUGUAACACACAUGACUGAGUGAGCGAGGGACAGAGAUGUGCCAAAUGCGUCGGUUCAUUCGUGUUGAGGUUGGUUUUGGUAUAAACGACAAAAAAAAGAAAAAAA